UUACCACUUAUCAAAUCGAUCGAGAGAGAGUUUGACUGUUCAAUUUCUUCUUUGGAAAGGUUCACUUUCAACAGAAAAUAUAUAUAUAUAUAUAGAUCUCUCUCCUUGGUGAUUGGAACUCGUUCUUCCUUCCUGGACUUUUCUUUUUGCUCUACAACGAGUGCUGAGAAAAUGGGCCUCCAGAGACCAGUGCUAGCACUGUUUGUGGGGUUUCUGAUUUUCGAUCUGUGUCCUUCUGUAAUUGGUCGGUUUGUGGUGGAGAAGAACAGCUUGACGGUGGCAUCGCCGGAAAGCAUCAAGGGAACUCACGACAGUGCGAUUGGUAAUUUCGGGAUUCCUCAGUAUGGCGGCAGCAUGGCCGGGACGGUUGCGUACCCGAAGGAGAACCGAAAAGGUUGUCGGGAUUUCGACGAGUCUGGGGUUUCCUUCAAGCCCAAGCCCGGUUCUCUGCCGACAUUCGUUUUGGUUGAUCGUGGCGAUUGUUUUUUCACUUUGAAGGUAUGGAAUGCCCAAAAAGCCGGUGCUUCUGCUGUGCUUGUUGCUGAUGAUACUGAAGAAGCAUUGAUAACCAUGGACUCCCCUGAAGAGGAUGGUGCAUCUGCAAAGUAUAUUGAAAAUAUCACAAUACCAUCCGCAUUAAUUGAGAAGAGUUUUGGUGAAAAAUUAAAGAAAGCACUUAACAGUGGGGAAAUGGUAAAUGUGAAUCUUGAUUGGAGAGAAGCAGUUCCACACCCUGAUGAUCGUGUAGAGUAUGAGUUGUGGACCAACAGCAAUGAUGAAUGUGGCUAUAAAUGUGAUAUGUUGAUGGAAUUUUUGAAAGAUUUCAAGGGUGCAGCUCAGAUUCUUGAGAAAGGAGGCUAUACUCAAUUCACACCUCAUUAUAUUACUUGGUAUUGCCCUCAGACAUUUACGGUAAGCAAACAGUGCAGGUCCCAAUGCAUCAAUCAUGGAAGAUAUUGUGCACCUGAUCCUGAACAGGAUUUCAGCAGAGGUUAUGAAGGGAAAGAUGUGGUUCUUGAAAACUUGAGGCAGCUUUGUGUUUUUAGAGUAGCAAAUGAAACCCGCAAGCCCUGGAUCUGGUGGGACUAUGUGACUGAUUUCCAAAUUAGAUGUCCCAUGAAAGAGAAGAAAUACAACAAGGAAUGUGCAGACGAGGUUAUCAGAUCCCUAGGGCUUGAUGUUAAAAAGAUUGAGAAGUGUAUGGGUGACCCAAAUGCUGAUUCUGACAACCCUGUACUCAAAGAAGAGCAGGAUGCACAAAUUGGAAAGGGAUCGCGAGGUGAUGUAACAAUAUUGCCAACCCUUGUUGUCAAUAAUCGUCAAUACCGAGGGAAGUUGGAGAAAGGUGCUGUUCUGAAGGCCAUUUGUGCAGGAUUUGAGGAAACUACUGAGCCUGCUGUUUGUUUGAGUGAUGAUGUUGAGACAAAUGAGUGUUUGGAUAACAACGGAGGUUGCUGGCAAGAUAAAGCAGCCAACAUCACUGCCUGCAAGGAUACAUUUCGUGGGAGAGUUUGUGAAUGUCCCUUGGUUGAUGGUGUGCAAUUUAAGGGAGAUGGUUACACUAACUGCCAAGCAAGUGGGAUAUGGCGUUGCAAGAUCCAUGAUGGAGGUUGUUGGCAUGAAACCCGAGAUGGCCGAACGUACACUGGUUGCCUGCAGGAUACAGAUGACAAAUGCAUGUGCCCCCCUGGCUUCAGGGGUGAUGGUGCCAAAAGAUGUGAAGAUAUUGAUGAAUGCAAAGAGAAGACAGCGUGCCGUUGCCCCGAAUGUAAUUGUAAAAACACUUGGGGUAGCUAUGAGUGCACUUGCAGUGGAGACCUCCUGUAUAUCAGGGACCAUGAUACUUGCAUAAGUAAGAAGACUGUGAGAUCUUCAUGGGCUGCUGUUUGGGUCAUUGUGAUUGGUUUGGCUCUAGCUACUGGUGGAGCAUAUAUGGUGUACAAGUAUAGGUUGAGGUCAUACAUGGACUCGGAGAUCAGAGCUAUAAUGGCACAAUACAUGCCGUUGGACAGUCAAUCUGAGGUUCCAAAUCAUGUCGACACAGAUCAUGCAUGAGAUAGGAUUCGCCAUCAGUAUUUUUUUUUUAGAAUUUCAGGUGAUGUUAGAUGGCCUAAUGCAGCUGUAUCAGAGCCGAGAUUUCGAGGGUGGAUCUAAAAUGUACUUGUAGAAAUAUGCUGGACGGUAACACAUUGCAAAUAGGAAUUGCCCUCAUGUUUAGGUGGAAAGCUGACACUCUGAACUGAAGUAGGGCUUGGAUUUGGGAAAGAUGAAGAUCAAUCGGCCGUUACUUGUCAGAGUUAUGUUAGCUUCUGCUUCUGGCUUCUGUGAAAAAUCUUUUUCCAUUGUUAUUUAAGCUAAAACUAGAUACGUAAACGUGCGUUCUUUAGAUUGCUUAUUGUUGGGAUUGUGUUGAUGUGGAUUAAUUAAUAUAGCUAAUUAAUGACUUACAGUUGUUUA